UCGACAUGCCGUUCGCUACUUUUAUUCAUCCGUUCACGACUUUUCGACUUCCGCAUCAGGAACUCGUUGCGCCAAUCAAAGUGUCAUCGGACGUCGAUUCGUCAACCAGCCGACACGGGGGUCAGGUGACCCUCGCGCGAGCCAAUCGAAAUGAUUCAUUCAGGGGGCGGCGGGAAAACCAGUGUCGCCAGUUUUGGUCGCGGAGCGCUGAAAAACGAGGAGAUUUCAGUCCGGUUCCAAGCCAAGAAAACACCUUGCGAGACAAGAUGGCCGUGUCGGGCUGUGACAUCACGUCGCCGACAUCCAAGGUCGCGGCGGCGCUCGAGCCGGACCCGCACGAUGAGGCGUCGACGUCCGUCCGGGCCGACGACGCCCCCUUCGCGCCUCGGCUGAGCGGAAAGCGACCCGAGUCGGACGUGCGUUCGUCUUUAUUCUUUUGGUUUUGCCGUUGCCGUCGAUCGCGCGUCCAAAACAUUUCUAAACCUGCCGUUGCCCGACACACGUCAGUAACUGACGCCAACGCUCACCUGUGGCGAGUUUAAAUAAGAAAAAGGCCGUGAGUCACAGAUCCCAUUAAAGCGCUUGACAUCAUCCUCAAUGGUAAAUGUGUCUUACAGAAGCCAAGCUCCCGUUUGACAUUGUUGCCGCCGAUCGAAGGUUUUCGCGGAGCACGCGGGAGCGAGGUUUGCGCUCGAGGCGGCAGGAGGGGCACCGAGGGGAUGUUGUCAAGGCCGACCGCGGAAUGUUUUAGUCAAACACGGAUGCGGACCCGCCCUCGCCAGAAAAAAAAAAAAAAAAAAAGCCUGGAAAUGCAAAGAACCCGCCCGGACUGCAUCAAAGCGGCCCAGCCGCACGCUUUUUAUCGGGACCUUGGUCACGUUUCUUUUGCCAGCGAACGCUUUCAGCACCGAGCGGGUUGGACGCGCCCGUCGGCUGGAAGUCACGAGGGCGACGACCUCCAGCGAGCGCUUCCCGCAAUGAGAUUUGUGACAGCUUUGCAUUCCCGGCAAAGGACAAAAUCAACAUUGUGUAACUUUAUUUGGAGGCGGGCCUGAAAUGGCGGGCCGGGCCCGUCUUUCCGAUAAACGUCCCAAACCGUGACCCGACCCGACCCGGCGGCCGUUUGUUCCACCGCACCGGACGCGUUCAUCUCUGAAUCGAGGUCGACUUUGGAGGGGCAAAAAUUUGCUGCGACCGGUUCAGGGGGUGCCCGAACUUGGCCGGGAUCGGCGCUGUCGAGGAUGAAAGGACGGACGACGAGAGCGAAGCCAAAUUCUUUGGAAUAGAAAAAGAAAAGCUGUCGACUGCGCGCGGGAGUCUGAAGAGCGCCAAAAACCACCUCCAAAGAAACUUAGCGAGCUCGCACAUCAACGAGACGACAUGCAAAGCUGCUUUUUGCCUUUUGAUUUGGGCUUAACGGUCGUGACGCCACGCGUUCGCCAAAUGCAUCGAGUGGGUUCGCGGCGGACGCGGGCCGAGGUCGGAUAACGGCGGACGAGCUUUGGUUCCGGGAACCGGUCCUGCGAUCUGAGCCGCGUGAAGGCCGAGCCGAGGCACGAAAAGGCCACGUGGGGGCGCAAACGCCGCCGCGAGGCCCAAUCCCGAGUGGACCGUGGAUCGCAACCGCUCCGCACGGAAAGAAAAUCCAUUGGAUGAGUUCCCGACCCGACCGCAACGUCGUGAACGAUGAAAAACGGACAAGCGGAAGCCGCGAACGGGGAGAAACCCGCAACGCAUCCUGCCGCUUCCGACGUGGACGUUUUUUUUUUUUUUUUCAAAAUGGCUCCUUUCGUUUUUGUGUGUUGAAUUAUGCAAUCAAGCCAUUUUGCUCAAAGCAUCUCAUUUAUUACACGCAGUUGCAAUCUAUGAAAAAUCCAAUCACGAUAAGCCAUUGAAGAAAGUUACGUGACAUUUUUCUUUUCUUGAUAGAACAAUACAAACAUCUUGAAUGAUUCCAAAUGUAUUUUUUUUCUGUUCCAUGAAAUGUACUGCUGUGCUGUAAUAAUUAUUACGUUUUAUUUCUUUAUAAAGUCCACUCGACCCUGUAAGCGGUCGCAGCGUCUUUGUGUCGUCCAAGGCAGCGCAGUUGAAAAUGGACGGAUGGAUAAAAUAAUGAAUUUCUUACAUCAUCAUCAACCUAAUUUUUGAAUGUCCGUUUUCUGAUUCCGAUCGAUGGUCUUCGUUUCAAUGAAUUGCCUGCUUGAUUUUCCGGUUGGAUGAGGAAAUAAUCCGCCCCCCCCCCCAAAAAAAAAAAAAAGUCGAGAUUUUAUGGGCGUUUUGAUGUCGGCUGAGAAACGGAAAACCUGAGACGGACGAUCGUUGCGGAAGGGGGCGCGGGGGUCUUUUUUUUUUUUUUUUUUAAUUUCACUUGGCCUUUUUUGGAGGGGGGCUGUUGAGUUCAAAGUCGCCGGGAAAAGGAAGAUUUUCACAGCCGUGGGCGUUCGUGACGCAUCCGAGAAGGGAACCCGACUCGAGCUGAAGUCCCAAAAAAAACAAAAAAAAAAGUCUCCAACUUCCUACUCGGACUCUGGAGCUGGACGAAGGAACGAAAGCGGCCACUUCUUCUUUUGGGUUGUGAGUCAGCCUCGGAGAUGUUACGUGGCCGGCCCGCGCCGCGACUUUCUUGUUCCUGUUGUGGACCCCCACCAGGUUCGAGUCCGAAAUGCUCCGGGCUUCUUCCUUUUUGGGUGUAGUCGCCACUUUUUGAGGCGGGUUCGGGUCGGGUUUUUCUCCUGUUCUCGUUGCUGUUCUUUUUCCACCGCAGCGGGGCGGGACGGGACGGGACGCCGUGACAAAGCGCGACUCCGUCGGAUGCUGCGCGGAAUCGGUCGCUUCCCCUCCACUGAGACCGACCGACGGACUUGAAAUGUUGCGGAGCGGCCGCGCGAUCUGAGCCGCGGAACUCGGGCGCGAUGUGGCGGCUCGCGACUUUGGCGCUGGCGUUCGCCUGCCUGCUGACGUGGGCCGACGGGGCCGACGGGCGCGCUUCUCGCCUCCGGGCGCAGCUGCGCCGGCGACCGCAGCAGGGCGCGGCCGGCAGGGGCCGCCAGGUGGCGCGCGAGCGACCCGGAUUCGGCUCUGCCAUAUCCGCGCACGGCUCCGAGGGGGAGUCCGCCAUCGGGGGGGCGCGAGGCAGGAGGGGCCUCGGGGGGCGCCCCCGGGCCGGCUCUCCGCGGGACGAGGGCGCCCCCGCCGCGAGGGCCAGGUCGACGCCCAACCCGCUGGCCGCUUUUGCGGGGAAAAACCGAGUCCUGGUGAUCUCGGCGCCCGACGAGUCCGACGGCUACUACCGGAUGAUGAUGUCCCUGCUGAAGGCCGACGUGUACUGCGAGCUGGCCGAGAGGCACGUCCGGCAAAUCGUCGUGUUCCACCGGGAGGGCGAGACGGGCGGCAAGGUGCGCGGGAUCACCGGCGAGGGCAAAGUGGUGGAAGAGCCCCUGGACGCCGCCCUCGUCCCCAAACUCAUGAGCGUCCUCAAACUGGAGAAAGGCAAGUUUGGGAUGGUGCUGCUGAAAAAGACGCUCCAGGUGGAGGAGCGGUACCCGUACCCCGUGAGGCUGGAGGCCAUGUACGAGGUCAUCGACCGGUCACCCAUGAGGAAGCUGGAGAGGAGUCGCCAGAAAGGUUUUGUCCAGAAGUGCAAAGGGGCCGGCGUGGAGGGGCAAGUGGAGCGAGGCAAGCUUACCGGUAAGAUCGCAUCUCGUCCAGCCCGCCACUCGAGAUUGAUUUGUGUCACGUCGCCGUUGUGGACAGAGACCACCCCGGAAAAGAAAAAACCCACCACGACUCCAUCUGCCGCAACCGUUCGGCCGACAACUACGACUAAAGCCACGACCGCCGUGACGGUCCCCGUCCCCGUCCCCGCCACCGCAGCCCAGCUUUACUACAACGGGGACUGGGAAAAAACCACGCCGCCUGGACACGGGCGCACUGACCGAGACCGCCACGGCGGGCGCGUCCACGAGCUGGCGCCGACCGUGACCACUCGCAGAGCCUCCGAGAUCAGGCCCGGCAGGAAGAAGAACGGAGCGGAGAAGAUGCUAACAAACGAGUACGAGGAUAAGCACGAGACCGCCGAUCCCGAGGAGGCCGACGGCUUCGCCCGCGUCGGCCCCGCCAGGAAGGCCAAGGCCAAGCACGACAGGAAGAAGAAAAACGAAAAGGCGGGCAAGAAGGCGGAGAGGAGGGGCGCCAAGGCCGGCAAAGGGGGCAAAAGCGGCGGCAAGAAGAACGCAAAGAAGACGUCCCAGUUCCCGGAGAAGGAGGAGGACCCCGAGGCCGUCGAGAAGCCCGGCGAGAAGCCCGGCGAGAAGCCCGGCGAGAAGCCCGGCGAGAAGCCCGGCGAGAAACCCGGCGAGAAGCCCGGCGAGAAGCCCGGCGAGAAGCCCGGCGAGAAACCCGGCGAGAAACCCGGCGAGAAACCCGGCGAGAAGCCCGGCGAGAAGCGCGUCGAGAAGCCCGGCGAGAAACCCGGCGAGAAGCCCGGCGAGAAACCCGGCGAGAAGCCCGUCGAGAAGCCCGGCGAGAAGCCCGGCGAGAAGCCCGGCGAGAAGCCCACGCCGCCUCCCAAGGGGUCGCUCUCCUCCUUCUUGGACUACUUCGAGAACCGCAGGAGACUGCUGCUGGUGACAUCACCCAGCGAGGAGAACAAGAUGUAUGCCCAGCAGAGGGACGAGUACUUGGAGUCGGUGUGCGAGAUGGCCAUCCGGAAAGUCUCCAUCAUCUCCAUCUUCGGCUCGCUCGUCAACUCCACCAUGAAAAUCGACCACUACCAGUUGGAGAACGACAAGCCCAUGAAGGGACUCCGUCAGGAGGACCUGGUCAACCAGGACCUGAUCACCGAGCUGAGGAAGGAGUUCAGCAUGAUCCACGAUGACUUCCACAUGGUCCUCACCGACACCGACACGAGAGUCAAGCAAUCGUACGAGGUUCCCAUCGCCAUGAAGGCCGUGUUCAACUACAUCGACACGUUCUCGUCGCGCAUCCGAGAGAUGGAGCGGCAGAAGCGGGACGGUGUCGUCUGCAAGAAAGAGGACAAGCCCAGAUCCUUGGAGAACUUUCUGUCAAGGUUCCGCUGGAGGCGACGUCUCUUCAUCAUCUCCACGCCCAACGAUGAGGAGUGGGCCUAUCAGCAGCAGCUCUACGGCCUCGGCAGCCAGGCCUGCAACCUCGGUUUGAGGCACAUUUCCAUUCUGAAGCUGGUUGGAACUGAGCUGUCUGACAUGGGCGGAGUCUUGGAACUUUACCCUUUUAAUGGGAGCGCGACGGUGGAACGCGAAGGCUUGUCGGCCACCCUGGUCAAGGACAUGAGGAACUACUUCCAGAUCAGCCCGGAGUACUUCUCCAUGCUGCUGGUGGGCAAGGACGGCAACGUCAAGUCCUGGUACCCUUCGCCCAUGUGGUCCAUGGCCAUCAUCUACGACCUGGUGGACUCCAUGCAGCUGCGCCGGCAGGAAAUGGCCAUCCAGCAGUCGCUGGGAAUGCGCUGCCCCGAGGACGAGUACGGCGGCUACGGCUACCACCAGCACGGCUACCACCAGGGCUACGGCUACUAG